AUGGCUUUCAGCCAACUCAUCACUGUGCUGGUGCUGAUCUACAACACUGGUGGAUUGCUUGGGGCUGAGGUGAGGAGCUCCAUUAUCGGGGGUGCUCAAAAAAGCAGCUGGCCGUGGAUGGCCUACCUAACCUUGAUACAUGAUGGUAACACCAGGUGGUACUGUGGCGGCACCAUCCUCAACAGCAAGUGGCUACUGACUGCUGCUCACUGCUUGGAUAAACACCCCAUGCUUAAUCGCUCUCGAUCAAUGGUUUGGGUGGGCACACAUGACCUGGACAAGAAGUCUUCCCAAGUCAAGGGCAUAGAGACCAUCAUGCUUCACCCUGAGUGGGCCCUGAGCAGUGGUUACAUAAACGACAUCGCCCUGGUGAAGGUGUUGGAUUUCACAUGGUCAGAGGACGUUCAACCAGUGAGUCUGGCCAGCGCUAAUAAUGUCUUCACUUCUUCAUCUGCGUGUUGGAUCACUGGCUGGGGGAACAUUAAGAAUAAUGUUCCUCUUCCAGCUCCACAGACCCUCCAGCAGCUGAAGAUUCCUCUCAUCUCUCGGAGUGCAUGUGAGGUGACUUAUCCUGGGCUGCCCUCUGACGUGCUGUGUGCAGGGGAAACUGCUGGAGGGAAGGAUGCCUGUGUUGGGGAUUAUGGCGGCCCACUGGUGUGUCGUGUAGGCGUGGACUUCGUGCAGAUGGGCAUCAUGAGUUAUGGGAGUUGUGGCCUCGCAGGAUCUACCAAAGUGUCCAAGUAUCUGAGCUUCAUCAACAAACACAUCACCAACCACGAGGAAGCCUCUGUCGAGGUGUAA